AUGAAGGCGUCGUCAGCUGCAGCAGAAGAAUUUAAGUUUGUGUUAAGAGUUAAAGUAUCAGAACCCACACGAGCCAGCUGCUGCUCUGCUGUUUCUCCUGGGGUCGUGCUGCGAGAGGUGUCUGCUGCUGUACCAACAGCAGCAGCAGCAGCAGCAGCAGCAACAGAAACAGAUGCAGCAGCAACAGAUACUGGGGCCUCUUCUUCUAGCUCUAAUGCAGAAGAAGGAGGAGGAGCUGAAAAAGAACUGCUGUUGUUGCUGGAGAGAUGCUCUGCUGGGGAAUGCGGCUGCGGGGGGGUGUGCACCGGAGCAGAGGUUGAAACUUCUUCGUUUCUUCUGUCUCGCGAGGGAGAAAUAGGAUUCAGGGGGUUUAUAGAGGGAGAGGAUGAGGGCGAGGGCCGCCCAGAAGAAAGAAAGGCCAUGGGCUUCUUAUUCAAUUCGUAA